CACACACACACACACACACACACACACACACACACACAUACACACACCAUCUCCAAGUCAUCUCCACACCCGUGGAGAUGACUUUGAAGACAAGUUUAAUCAAGUUGUGUUCUUCUCCUCUGAGGUUCUACCCUUUCCUGAACUUUCCUGAACUCGUCUGUUCUGUGUGCUGUGGAUUAUGUAUCUAGCCCAGCAGCCAGCCAGGAGUCAAUAUCAUUCUGAAUGAGAUACUUUUAUUAUGAAUCAACACCUAGACUUAGACACACGCUCACCCACACACAAACACACACACACACACACACACACACACACACACACACACACACACACACACACACACACACACACACACACACACACACACACGCGCGCACCUACGCAAACACACUUAUUAGCAGGGACUGCGUUGCGGUACACAUGCCAGAGGAAUGUACUGGGGUCAUGGGCGGAUGGUGAUGAGCAUACAUACACUAUGGAAUACACACACACACACACACACACACACACACACACACACACACACACACACACACACACACACACACACCCUCCCCCACCUCUAUCACACUCACACACGCACAAACCCACAAACAAAUUCACAGUGAAAAACUAUAGGACUGAAUGGGAGGUGGAGCUGGAUGUGAGGGACAGUGAGUGAGAGAGCGCGACAGAGUUAGGGAGAGAGAGAGAGAGAGAGAGAGAGAGAGAGAGAGAGAGAGAGAGAUGGAGAGAGAGGGAUAGGGGGAGGUGCAUUGGGACUCAAGGUUUCUGGGGAUACAGAAAACACUUAAAGACCGAAAGCCAGAGAGUAAGAGAAAGAUAGAGGGAGCAAGUGGAAUUGUAAUACCCAGGACCACAAGAUAAUGAGCUAAGAUUCCCAGGGAGAUUACACACUACAGCAUCCAGAGAGCCAAGAUGAUAACCGUCAGGGACUCGGUGCGUCCCGUGUGGUUCCUUCUCCUCGCUUUCCUCGCCCUCCUUGGCAGCUGGCCUUGUGUCGCCAUACCAACCCAGGAGUCGGGGACAAACAACAUGCUGUCUGAGCUCCUGGUAUCGUACGACUACUACAAUAACUUCGAUGACCCCACCUUAGAGACCAAGCCCGGUCCCAAGAACGAAAGCUCCAAGCAGCCCUGUGACUACGACGUUUGCCUCGAACAGAAGGAGCCGUGUUCGGCCCGCAAAGACUGCCUAUGUCCGGGCAUCACCUUGGAGGACGUGGCCCCGGAGGCCCCUACCGUGACGUCGUUGACCCCGGGGGGCUCCGAAGGGGUGACGGUCCGCUGGUGUGCGCCGUACUCCCUGGUCACCACUUACACCAUCAAGGGGGCGGAGCAGGAGCCCGUCAGGGUCGGCAGCCACCUUCGGAGCAGCAAACUGAAGGGACUGAACGACGGAGACAAAGUCUGCGUUCUUGCGGAAAACGCGGCGGGCGAGGGCCCAGAGUCCUGUAUUUUGUACCAGGCGGAGAAGGACAACGCUUCUCUGACCGCAGGCCUCAUCGGCGGAGCUCUGGGGCUGGGCCUGCUGGCGGUGCUGGCGGUCCUGCUGUGGAAAUACACCCAGAGACGGAAGUCAGGGGCACGGCUCUCAACACAGGACAGGGAUGACUCACACCAAGGCCUAUCAGACAGCAACAGAGUGAGCCUGGAUGUUCUCUGAGGAGAGGACAUGCUGGUUCCUGCUGUCUUUCGUGUGGUUACGGUUCGUACAAAGUUAUGUCGAAAAACAAAAGUGGACUUCUUCUCUCGGUUUAGCCACUUCAACUGAAGUGACAGCAAUGGAUUGUGUCACAGUGUGGAGGGGCAUUUGAGUCACACAGCAGAAUCAUCCUGACAAGGAAGUUUACGAAACGCAGGUGCGCACCGAUUUAACAUUUAAGAGGGUAAACAUCAGAAAUGAAAAUAAUGGUAUUAUCAUUCUACCAAUUUGCAGUUUUAUAACCAUUAAGGUGUUUAUUUAAAUAAUAAAAAAUCUUAAAUCUUAUUUAAAUAACUUAAUAACCUUCCUUUUUUUACAUUUAUAUUUAAUAAGAAGGACUUAAGUGUAUAUAAAAAGGUAUUUUUCAUAUUGUUUUCUAAACAUAAUCGAUUAUUUAACAUUUCCAUUUUUUUGUGUAUGUAUAGGAAUUUAGCUUGGCUCUUUCUUCUCUUUUUCUAAUUGUGUGAUGACUGAAAGGUUGGCUAUUCUGCCUAUGAAAUAAAUCAAAUGCUUUGUCA